AUAGUCAAUCAAAGGCCCAAUCUCGAUCAAUAUUUCAAUUCGCCGGCAAUUUGUCAAGAGAAAAAAUCAAAAUCUCCGAUGGGUGACAACAGUGGAACCACCUCCUCCGCCAAUCGACCCGCCGCUGCUACCUCCGCCGACGAAGAUCUGCUGCUCAAGAAAUUUUUCGCCGAAGUCAGCGAGGUUGAGCGCGAUAACGAAGUCAACAGGAUCCUUUCAUGCUUCAAGUUAAAUGCUUUUGAAUAUCUUAACCUACCAUUUGAUUCAUCUGUAGAUGAAGUGAAAAGACAAUACCGUAAGCUAUCUUUGCUUGUCCAUCCUGAUAAGUGUAAACAUCCCCAAUCUAAGGAGGCAUUUGGAGCAUUAGCAAAAGCUCAACAACUAUUACUCGACCCUCAAGAGAGGGAGUAUCUUUUAAACCAAGUUACUGCUGCAAAAGAUGAACUUAGAUCAAAGAGGAAGAAGAAGCUGAAAAAAGACACUGCUUCGAAGUUGAAGUCAUUAGUGGAUGAGGGAAAAUAUGAGCAGGAAUUUGAACGAUCAGAGGAAUUCCAGCAGCAGUUAAAAUUGAAGGUUCGAGAACUUCUAACAGACCAAGAAUGGAGGAGAAGGAAGAUGCAAAUGAGGAUAUCAGAAGAGGAAGGUAGAUUAAAGAAAGAUGAAGAAGAGACAAAAGAGCAGUGGAAACGGAAGCGUGAACAUGAGGAACAAUGGGAAGGCACGAGAGAAAAAAGGGUCUCCAGCUGGAGAGACUUUAUGAAGGGUGGAAAAAAGGUUAAGAAAGGAGAGCUUCGACCUCCAAAGCUGAAAACAGAGGAUCCAAACAAAUCGUACGUCCAAAGGCCAGUGAAACGAGGGUGAUUAUUGUGGGCCCUUGUGCUUUCUCUGGUUGACCAGGUGUGAUAUUACUUGAGAAAGCUUGGUAGCCGUAGUAAUAGAAACUGUUCAUUAACUUGUACCCUUUCAGUGGCUACUAAUUUAAGAUGGCACUUUUCACUCGAAUCUUGUUGAGUGAAAGUCCUCGCAUUGUACAAUUAUCUCUCCAACACUAUAUUUACCGUGAUGCUUUCGUAUCCCAAUGUAUUUAUUCUGUUUCAUAGAGUCAACUAUUAA